GACAUCGGCAUAUUGUCCCCGUCCAAGCUCUGACGGUGCUAGUGAAGAUCGAGGCUCGCUCGAAAGUUCCAAUGUAACCGAUGCUGUUGGCGCUACAAGGGCCCGGUCAAUGAGCACAGCUGCUGGGACUAAUGCCGCAGUCCUGGGCCUCGACUCUUCGUCUUAAUAUGGGUAAACAGACAAUUCCACCUUGGUAACUGAUGGUGCCACAGUCAUGUUGAUCCCACAGUCACACAACAGCGCCAGCAUGCGUACAGAGACAUGGAAUGCUGAACCUAUUGCCAUCGUUGGCAGUGGCUGCAGGCUCCCAGGACACGCUACGUCGCCCUCUAAGCUAUGGGACCUGCUCCAGAACCCCAGGGACGUCCUGUCGGACAUCUCUAUGGCCAAGAGCCACAGAUUCAAUGCGCGCGGGUUCUACAAUGAAAACGGGGACCAUCAUGGGAGCACCAAUGUACAGCACGCUUACCUGUGUGGAGAGGACCAUCGAGCAUUUGAUCAUGACUUCUUCGGCAUCCACCGGCGCGAGGCCGAAGCCAUGGACCCCCAGCAGAAGAUGCUGCUUGAGGUCGUCUACGAGGCCAUCGAGGCCGCAGGGUACUCGAUGCAUGCGCUCCGUGGUUCCCAGACUGGGGUCUUCGUGGGCCAGAUGAACGACGACUUCAAAGACUCCAUGUACCGUGACCUGGACAUCGCCCCUCAGUACACAGCCACGGGCAUCUCGCGCGCCAUCACGGCCAACCGCGUGUCCUACUUUUUCGACUGGCGUGGGCCAUCCGUGAACUUGGAUACAGCGUGCUCAUCUAGUCUGGUAGCUCUUCACCAGGCUGUCCAGUCGUUGCGAAGCGGAGACAUUAGCAUGGCUGUAGCUGCUGGGUUGAACCUCAUUCUCGGACCAGAGUCGUUUGUCCUUCAAUCCAAGCUUCACAUGCUGUCCCCUACAGGGCGAUGCCACAUGUGGGAUGCGAGAGCUGACGGCUAUGCUCGCGGUGAGGGUGUCGCUGUAGUGGUGCUCAAACCGCUCCAUCAGGCGCUGGCCGAUAACGAUCGCAUCGAAUGCAUUAUCAGAGAGACGGGAGUGAGCCAGAAUGGUAGGACUCCCGGAGGACUGACCGUUCCGAAUGCCGUCUCGCAAGCGGAACUUAUCAGGUCGACGUACGCAAGGUGCGGUCUAGAUCCAACCCGGCCGCAGGAUAGAUGCCAGUAUUUCGAAGCGCAUGGCACAGGUACCCCUGCCGGGGACCCAAAGGAGGCGCAAGCCAUACGAGAUGUGUUCUUCCCAACAAAUCAUCCCGUCAUGGGAGACCCAGACAACCUCAACGACCAGGUCCUGUACGUUGGCUCUGUCAAGACCGUCGUGGGGCACACUGAAGGGGCGGCGGGUCUGGUGGCAGUUCUCAAGGCCUCCCUGGCGAUACAACAUGCCCAAAUUUCGCCCAAUAUGCACUUUGAGCGACUUAACCCGGCCGUGGAGCCCUUUUACAACCCUCACCUCCGGGUGCCAACAGAGCUGACACCGUGGCCAGCGGAUUCCGUUGUGGUGAGGCGUGCAAGCGUGAACAGCUUUGGGCUUGGCGGAACAAACGCGCAUGUCAUUCUUGAAAGCUGGGAUAGUGGUGGGACAGCAGCCCUGGCCCCAAUAACCGACUGCCAUGCCCCUAAGGUCUAUGGUCCUUUUACAGUAUCUGCAUCAUCCAGGACUUCCCUCGCAAGACGAGUGUCGGCACUCUUCGAGACACUUGCAAAGUCCUCACCCAGUCUGGAUAUUGGCCAUGUAGCUUGGACAUUGCAAUCGCGGCGCACCGAGUUUGCCUAUAGGGCUGCCUUUUGUGCGGCCAGUAAGCAGGAGCUCAUGAAUCAACUCGAGGGAUUCGUGGUUCGCGGCGGCGGCGAUUCAGCAGAAAAGACCAUCACAGUGUCGUCAGAGUUCCCAUUGCGCAUCAUCGGCGUGUUCACCGGCCAAGGUGCGCAGUGGUAUCGGAUGGGCGCGAAGCUAUACACGCAGUCGCCUCUGUUUAGACGUACCAUACAGCAGCUCGAAGACUCUCUUGCGCAGUCGCCGGAUCCUCCGUCCUGGUCACUUACCAACGAGCUGCUAGGUACUUCCAGCACCGAGUCCAGAAUACACGAAGCUGAGGUUGCCCAGCCGCUCACCACCGCUGUGCAGAUUGCGCUGGUCGACAUGCUCCAAGCCUCGGGUGUCCUAUUUACCGCCGUUGUCGGGCACUCUUCCGGUGAGAUCACCGCGGCGUAUGCAUCAGGCUACAUAUCAGCCUUGGACGCAAUCCGCAUUGCGUACUAUCGCGGUGUUCACUCAUCCCUAGCACAGUCACCGACUAGCGGUGAAUCUGGUAGCAUGAUGGCUGCCGCUAUGUCGUUCAUCGAGGCCACGGCUUUCUGCCAGCGCCCCGAUUUCACUAACAGGAUAACAGUGGCGGCGAGCAAUGCGCCAUCCAGUGUUACUUUCUCAGGUGAUUCCAGCGCGAUCCUGGAGGCCAAAGAGGUUCUAGACCGCAGUGGAAUAUUCGCGCGAGUCCUCCGAGUCAACAAGGCUUACCAUUCACACCACAUGAAGUCAUGUGCCGCGGCCUACCUUGCAUCCCUCCAACGAUGCGCUAUUCAACCCAAGAGAGGAUCAUUCGACGGCGGCUGUACUUGGUACUCCAGCGUGCAUGGUCCGGAUGGGCGGAGCAUACAGAACUUGGAUUCGCUCCGCGACAGAUACUGGGUCGACAACAUGGUCAAGCCCGUGCUCUUCUACCAGGCCGUUGAGAGAGCAGCCAGAGAGGAACCGCACUGCUUUGAUCUUGCGUUAGAAAUUGGACCACACCCAGCUCUGCGGGGCCCGUUCACGGACUCAUUCAGCGCAACAACAGGCGUCGAGAUUCCAUACUUUGGGCUGCUUAAAAGGGGCGAGGAUGACUGCGUUGCCUUCUGCGACGCCUUUGCCUCGACAUGGACCAUAGUACGGUCCCCAGUUGGAGUACCUUCUGCUGUCGACUGGGAUGCCUUCCGGAUGGCGUUCUAUGGACAAGCUGGGGAUGAGAGGAUGAAACGACAUCAGUCUCCGUUGUGUGGGGGGUGCUCGGAUCUCCCUCCGUACAGCUGGGAUCAUGACCAGCCGCUACUUUUUGAGUCCAACCAGUACAGAGCGUGGUGUGAUUACAACCGGCCAAUACAUCCUCUCCUUGGAAGAGCAAUACAGCACGGCUGCAAUGGCCGUGACUCGCCAAUGAUGACGUGGCGGAACAUCCUCAAAAUCGGCGAACUCGAGUGGCUACGGGGCCACCAGUUCCAACACCAAGUUGUCUUCCCUGCCGCCGGUUACAUAUCAAUGGUCAUCGAUGCAGCCGGUGCUUUGGCAGAAGUGGUUGAGCCGAGUGUUCCCGAUCCAGCAUUGCUCGUCGAGCUCACCGACCUUCGUUUUCACCACGCCAUUACCAUCGACGACGAUGCUUCCGUCGGCGUGGAGGUGGUUAUGGUGAUGCGGGCGCUCCACUCAGAUACUGCUCGUCAUACGAUAACAGCAGAGUACCUAUGCUAUAGCGGCGACCCCAAGGCACCUUCCGACAAUGGGGGCACACGACUCGAAGGGAGUAGCACAACGGCAACGGCUAUGACGCUCUGCUUUAGUGGUCGAGCAAGCAUCCGGUUGGUUCCUCCGGCACACCCAGACCAAGCAUCGCAGCGUGCCUCGCCGCUUCCUGCACGUAACCCAACGAAAUUGCCCCUCACCAGCCUCGACACCGGCCGUUUCUACUCUCAUCUGUCGUCCCUCGGCCUCCAGUACUCGGGCGACUUCCUGGCCAAGUCAGUCUGGAGGAGGCGCAGCCUUUCUACGGUUGUUGUGGAACGACCGGCUGGCAAUCUCAUGAUGCGGGUUCAUCCCGCGGCUCUGGACGCGGCUUUCCAUGGCAUCUUUGCCGCUUAUAGUUACCCGGGCGAUGGCCGGAUGAGCGCUCCCCAUCUGCCCUCGGCUAUCAAUCGUGUCCGAGUCGACAUGACGACGGCGGGCCGAUGCUCGUGUUUCAGUACCCACCCGCACCUGGGUCGAGACGGCGGCCCUCAACUGAUAGCCGACUGCCACGCGAGACAGAACUCAUUUUCCAUUAUCAGCGGCGACGUUGACUUGUUUUGCGCGGGAUGCGGGCGCGCCUUGAUGCAGGUAGAAAGCCUUGCCGCGUUGCGUAUUAGCAAGCCAAGCAGCCGGGACGAUCGCUCCCUAUUCGCGCGCACCGUCUGGGACAGAGAUCUCCAAUCCUCCGGCCUUGAGACACAACAGGAUCUGCCUACACCGGGAUACCCCUUAGGCCGGGCUGAACUGAGCGAAAUCUGCGACAGGAUGGCCUACUUCUACCUUCUGCGGCUCAUUAGCCAGAACUCGGAGGACGAGAGUAGGGCCAUGGCGCGCCACUUCCAAUACCUCUUGGACUGGGCCAUCAAUCAGAUUGUGCCCACUGUUCAAGCAGGGCUUCACACCCGUGUUCGCCCUGAGUGGGCAACCGACACACAUGAGACCAUUCAGGCCUGGCGAGCCCAGUAUGGCGAAUGUGUCGAAAUCCAACUCAUCCAUGCAGUCGGUGAAUGUCUUCCAUCCGUCAUGCGGGCCUCAUGUGGUGCUGCCGCCCUGGGCUCCACAACUAUUCUGGAUACUCUGAUGCAAAACGGCAUGCUCACCCGCUUCUACAGCUCGGCAGCAGGCAUGUGGCAGGCUAACCAGAUCAUUGGGGCUGCUGUGAAACAACUUGCCCACCGAUAUCCACACAUGCGCAUCCUCGAGAUUGGGGCCGGCACGGGGGCAGGCACAGCAUGUGCGUUGGCGGCGCUUGACGGCCACUUUGCAUCGUACACGUUCACCGACGUCUCGGCAGCUUUUUUCCACGAUGCGCAGGUCAAGUUUGCUUCUAGUUACGGGGCAGACAAGAUGCGCUACGCCGUCCUGGACAUUGAGCGUGACCCAGGUGAGCCGUCGGGAUUCCUGGCGGAACACGGCGGAGGAGCGUUCGACCUUGUCAUCGCCUACAACGUGCUGCACGCGACGCGGUCGCUGCCGCUCACCUUGGCUAACUGCCGGCGGUUGCUGAGGCCGGGCGGGUUCCUCGUCUUAGGCGAGAUGACGAGCGACUCGCUCUACGCUCCCUUCAUUGUCUGCGGGCUGCCCGGAUGGUGGCUGGGCCGGGAUGGCGACGGGCGCAUGUACAGCCCCACGGUGUCGGAGAGCAGGUGGGACUUUCUGCUCAAGCAGAACGGUUUCUCCGGGGUGGAUUACGUUGCGAGAGACACCCGAGAUGAGAAUGCAUAUCUGAAUUCCGUCAUGGUCAGCCAGGCCAUGGACCACCGGGUCGAGUUCUUGCGAGCCCCCCUCCAGAACAAUAGCGAUACUGCGACGUCUCUUGCAAAGUCAGUGGCUCUGUUGGACAACCUUGUUAUCAUUGGUGUCUCCCCCAUGACCGGACAGCAGAUAGCUCGCACAACAGCGUCUGAAAUGGGUCUACUUCUCGAACCGUGGGCACGCAACCGGCCGAUUAUACUCGAGGGCUGGGAAGCGCUGGAGACCGAGGCUUCCAUCAAAGCAGCUGACUCUAAGCAUUCGCACGGCAGCAUCAUCCGGCCAGGAAGCGCCGUGAUCAUCCUCUCCGAGUCGCAAGACGACGGCGCUAGGGAAGACUGGUACAUCUCCCAGACACGACUGCUGGCCAUGCAAGCCGUGUUUCACGACGCAUCUAGGGUUUUAUGGGUCACACAAGGGCGUCACACCGGCCGUAACCCGCGAGCCAACAUGAUGGCAGGCAUUGGCCGCUCUCUCUUGACCGAGUCUCCUCAUCUGCGAUUGCUCUCUGUGGACGUCGACCCUAUCUGUCACGCAGAGAAGCACGCCAUGAUACUCUCCGAAAUGUUUCUUCGCAUGGUCUGUCUCGACCGUCCCGAGUACGGUGACGUGCUGUGGAGCAACGAGACGGAACUGGCGGUGCGUGCCAGCAGCCAGAGCGGUGGCCAGGUUGAGGUCUUGUACGUUCCCCGGAUAAAGCCAGACCACCUGCUCAACCGCCGGCUUGCGUCAGGCAGCCGUGUCGUGACGGAGGAUGUGCCUCUCGGAUCUGCCGAUGUGAAAAUUGCUAGAGACGAAGAGGGGCGAUUCGCGCUGCAAAAAAUCGAGAUGGAUCGUUCUGGCGUCCUGGCAAGCAACAGCGAGAGGAAAAUAGUGCAUUUCAUCACCCAUUUCUCAACCCUGUUCGCUGUUUCCUCAGGCAGCCGGGCAAGUCCGCUAUACAUAUGUCUUGGCUCGGUCGUCGACAAACCGGGGAAGAUAUUCCUUGCCGUCUCGCCUGUCAACGCCUCGUCGCUCUACCUACCUUGUGAUCGAGUCGCGGCUUGCAACAGGACAAUUGAAGGAGAGGAGCACGUCGGCAUACUACGUCAAAUAUGCACCGCUGUCGUGUGCGAAGACCUUCUUGCCGACCUCCACGGAAGUAGUAUCUGGCUUCAUGACGCGCCGGUCGAGUUUGCAGAGGUGGCACUGCAGAUGGCCAAAGCCCGCGGAGUAGACGUCUUCCUCAGUGCGUCUUGUGCAUCUACCGCGGCGACAUAUGCGUCUUAUGGUUUAGAAGCAGAGGUCACUGUGAUCCACCCGCGAUGUACAGAGCGAGAGGUAGAGGCUGUCAUCCCUGCCAACGUGCAGAGAUUUGUUGUGGCGGUCAUGGACGACGAUGAUGAUGCUCGCAGCCUACAAGAUACAGUUGUCCGCUCGGGACUCAUUCCUCGUAGCGACAUUCGGAAUCUGUGUUUGGACAUCAGCAGAUCCGGGGUUUUUGCUCUUCAGCUGGGCAGCAACUCCAGAAUGUGGGACGUCAUUACAUCGGAAAUAACAUGUCCCUCAUCGUCGUCAUCUAGUAUGCGUUCUGGCAAGGACUCCUUCAGAACGGCUAUCGACAUCCGCAUGAUUCCGUCCAUCUCAGGGUACCACCCCGUUACCACCGUCGUUGAUUGGAAAGGGACGGCAACGCGGCAUGCGGCCAACACCAACCCGGGCACGCUUUCGGCACAAAUCCGCCCUUUGGGGCUCGAUGGACAGCUUUUGUUCUCCCCGCAAAAGACGUACUUACUGGUCGGCUUCGCGAGCGACGUUGGACUUUCCCUAAUAGAAUGGAUGGCGGGCCAAGGGGCGCGCCAUUUCGCCAUCAUUGCCCGCAGUCCACGGAUUGACCCGGCGGUGCGGCAGCACCUGGCGCGGCUCGGCGUCGCCCAGCUAGAGACCUGGGCCGUCGACAUAUCCGACAAACAAGCCCUCCGCGUCGCUCACGCCGACAUGGUCGCACGCAUGCCCCCCAUUGUCGGCGUCGCCAACGCUGCCAUGGUCCUGCGCGACAGGCCGUUCGGGCUGAUGACGGCGGAGGACUUUUCUGCAGUGCUGAGGCCCAAGGCGCAGGGUACGCUGAACUUGGACGAGCUGUUCCGUGACCGUGAUGCCGAGCUGGACUUCUUCGUGCUGUUUGCCAGUGCCGCUACCAUCGUCGGCAAUGCCGGACAGACCAAUUACAACGCGGCCAACAUGUUCAUGGCGAGCGUAGCGGACAGGCGGCGGAGGAGAGGCGCUGCCGCGUCGGUCAUCUAUCUCUCGCGGCUGUUUGGUAUCGGUCAUGUGGCGAGAUCCAUGGAGAAGGCUAAAGCUGCAGGCAUGGACAUGGGGACCGUUGAGGCUCAGCUGCAGAGGGUUUCGGCGCAGCCGAUAUCCGAAGAUGAUUUGCACGCCUCUUUUGCCGAGGCUGUGAUCUCCGGACGGCCCGAGUCAAGCAUGGAUCCGGGCAUCAUCGUCGGCCUGGGCGCAGGGGAAAACGCGCCUUGGCGGCACAUACCGCUCUUUUCAUCCUGGCUGGCACAUUGCGCUUCCCGGCGACACGGACCCCAGGCCGGCGACGAGGACGCCUCUGGAGGUCGUGAGAAGCCAGGCGCAAAGCAAAAAUCCCUGGGACGGAAUAUCCUCCUCCGGCGAGAGCUUGCCGCCGCGUUGGACGGCGCCUCCGAAUCUACCAGUGAGGCAGUCCUGGCGUUGCUUCAAGAUGCGUUUGUUGCUCGGCUCGGCGUGAUUCUCCAGACAGACGCUUCCAAGAUCGAAACGAAUGUGCCCCUCGUUGCGUUAGGCAUUGAUUCCCUAGUGGCUGUGGAGAUCCGGUCCUGGUUUCUUCAGGAGUUGUCCGUGGACAUCCCGAUCCUUAAGAUGCUCGGAGGCGAUUCGCUCGCCGACGUCUGUCGUGUCGCCAUGUCCGAGUUCGCCGAAACUCUGAAGAAACAGGAGGAUUCGGCCCCUCAACCAGAACUGGUACCCUCUGAAUCACUCCAUGCUCCUUCCCCCGGCUUGUCUGAAGAGAAUCUUGGCACCGUGGAGCAAAGAUUCUCUGCCGGCAUGAACGAUGACGAACAGGAGUCAUCCAUUGCUAGACUAACGCCGGCCCUAACUGUCGUGCCAACGUCGGAGGCGCCAGUGUCCACAUCAACACCACCUAGCUUACCGCCACCGUCCAGUCCCGAGAAUGAGAUGGGAUAUGUUAGGAUCGGAGACAUGUCGUCAGCGCAAGCUCGUUUGUACUUUCUGCACCAGUACCUAGAGGAGAAAUCGCCCUUCACAAUUGGAUACGUGGGCAAAUACCGAGGCCGACUAGAGGCUAACAGGCUGCGGAGAUCGCUGUGGCAGGUGUGCGCUGCUCACGAAGCCCUUCGGAGCUGUUACUAUAUCGAUAGCGAUUCCCAUCGACCCUUACAGGGUGUGCUUCCGAGGGCCUCGCCUCAGUUUGAGCACAGGCAGAUCCUGGACCAGAGCGAAGUCAAGGCUGAGAUUGAGACCCAGAGGCGGCUCGUGUUUGACAUCGAGCAUGGCCACUUGCUCAAGGUUACGGUGCUCUCGCUGGGUCCAGCGCUGCAUCACGUCAUCUUCCUGCACCACCACAUCGCUCUCGACGGCGUCAGCUGGCUCGUAUUUCUACGCGAUCUGAACCUGGCGUACGCGGGGCACGAGGUCAGUCCGUUGCAGCAAUCUAUCGACAUGUCUGCCAAGCAGCACGCAUCCGAUAGUAUGUCCAACCCGGAGAAACUGUCCUUCUGGGCCAAGAUGUAUCAACAAGAGCACGAGCCAUUGCCACUCUUCCCGUUCUCCAAGGUCAAGAAUCGCCAAGUGCUGAAGAAGUAUGAAGCUGAGACCUUUGAUAUGGAGCUGGAGCCCGACUUGGCUAGGCGCGUCCAGCAAGCCGCGGCGUCCCUCGGCGUCACGCCCUUCCAUUUCUAUCUGUCGGCGCUGGCCGUGUUUCUCCAGCGCACCCUCGGCGUGGCCGAUUUUAGCAUCGGCAUCGUUGACGCUAAUCGGCCAGAUCCCCAAGAUGCUUCCACCCUGGGCUACUUCCUGAACAUGCUACCGCUGCGAUUCCGUCUGGACAGCGGCGGCAAGGAGGAAGGCAGCUUCUCACAGCUCGUUGAGCGGUGCCGGAACAUGGUCCUUGAUGCGCUGACGCACGCUCGCGUCCCAUUCGAUUCUAUCCUCGACCAUCUCCAUGUCUCACGGGCCGGCAGCCAUCACCCACUCUUCCAAGUCGCGUUGGACUACCGACAGGGCUACGCCCAAGCGCAGCAGCUCUUUGACCCUGAUGCCACCAUCGAAUGGGAUGCCAAGCAGAGCAUCACAGCGCGGAACCCCUACGAUAUCUUCAUCAACGUGACACCGACAGCCGGGGGCCCCACAUUCAUCCACUGGACCACGCAGAAGUACUUGUACCAUGCCUCGGACUCGCGCUUGAUGAUGACUUGGUACGCGCGCAUUCUGGACGCCCUGACUCGCGAGCCAUCUGCCACGUGCAUAGCACGCUGUCCUGUAGCAACAGAAGAAGAUCUGCGCGACGCUUUAAAUCUGGGCGUUGGGAAGCAGCCCCCAGCUGAGUCAUGGCCUGUCUGGACCCCGGGUACACUCAUCCAUCAGGUCGACACGGUUGCCCGACAGCAUUCUGACUCGAUAGCCUUGGUGGAUGAUUAUGGCGGCAGGCUGACUUACAGCCAAAUGAUGGCGCGAACGCAACGGAUUGCGCAUCCCCUGCAACGCGUGCUGCGGGAUGGCGGCGUAGACCUCGACAGCCUGCCAUUGUCAUUCCAACCAGAUGCCCCGUCGCUAGUAGUGGUGGCGACGCUGAUCCCGCCAAUGAAUGACUACGUGUGCUGUCUGCUUGCCAUUCUGCGGCUGGGCGUUAGCUGCAUAGGUCUGGACUUGCGCAACCCAGAGGAGAGACUCGCUGUCAUGUUGUUGGACUGCCGGCCCAAGGUCCUUGUUUGCAACAAUAUGACAAGUAAUCUGGCAGACCGCCUGGCUAUUUCUGUCUCUGCGCAGGUUAUCAAUAUCGACGCUCUUGAGGACCCUGCCGAAAGUGAACGGGAGCAGGUGCAGAACCGAAGCAACCUCGAUCAAUGCGCUGUCAUCCUAUAUACCUCGGGGUCCACAGGCAUCCCUAAAGGGGUUCUUUUGAGCCACCGCAACCUCCACAGCCACAUCGCCGCCAACACAGCGCUCUUCGGUCUCGGCCCCUCGGACGUGAUACUGCAGCAGACUUCUCCGGGAUUCGACUUUUGCCUCGACCAGGUGUUCCACGCGCUCUGCAACGGCGGCCGCCUCGUCGUCGUAGGCCAGGAGGGACGCGGCGACCCCGCCCACCUGGCCCGUCUGAUGCUCAACGAGGGAGUCACCGUCACGACGGGCUGCCCGUCCGAGUAUCUGGCCCUUCUAAAUUACGGCGCGGCAGACCUGCGUCGGUGCCAGCAGUGGCGCUUCGCAUUUUCCGGAGGCGAGAAGCUCACCCCGCAGCUGCGCCAUGGUUUCCGCCGGCUAGCGCUCAAAGGGCUGAGAUUCGUCAACGUCUAUGGCCCUACCGAAGUCACGAUUGCCUGCGCGCGGGGGCCGGUGCCUUACAUGGAACAAGACGAGGAUGUCGUGGGCGAGGGCGGGGAUUAUCUGCUCCCCAUGCCUGGCUACGAGGUUCUUGUGGUGGACGAGGAGACCAUGCAGCCGGUUCCUGUUGGGUUCCCCGGCGAGGUGUGCAUUGCAGGGGACGGCGUGGCGCUGGGGUACCUCAACCGGGAGGAGGAGACGAGGCUGCGGUUUGUGGAGGUGGAGGACCCGAAGGAAGCGGCAGCAGCGCUGUCUUCACCCCUCACACUUGCAUCCGCCACGACGACAGACAAAACCAUCAGGUUCUACCGCUCCGGCGACCAUGGCCGCCUCCUCCCUGACGGCUCCAUCCAUCUCCUGGGGCGACUUGUGGCCGGCAACAGCGCCGGCCAGGUCAAGAUUCGCGGCAUGCGCGUCGAACUCGACGAGAUCGCCAGUGUGAUGAUACGCGAGUCAGCCGGGGCGCUGGCCGCUGCGGCCAUAUCGUUCCGCCCUGAAGGGCCCCCGACGGAUUUGCUGGUGGCAUUUGUUGUUUUCAACGCCGAGCUGCAGUCCAGCGACGGUCGCGCGCAGCUCAUGCGUCAGCUGAAGACGUCUCUACCCCUGCCGGCACACAUGCAGCCUACCGUCGUGGUAGCUGUGGACGAAUUACCCAUGAACGUGAACGGGAAACUGGACAGGGCGGCUAUUGAUAGAUUGCGAAUACCUGCGGAGGCAUGGACGAACGGAAGCGAGUACAUUGACGGCGGUAGUGCCAGCGAAGGAGUGAAGAAAACUGUCGGUAACCUGUCACCCACCGAGUUGCGCAUGAGAGAGAUCUGGCGGGAGCUGCUCCAUGACGACGCCCCACCACAGUCUUCUCCCCAAGGAAAUGAUGUUCCCUCGAUACCCGACGGCUUUAUCGAUGCGGACUCGGACUUCUUUCAAGUUGGUGGCAACUCGAUGCUUACCCUCAAACUCCGCUCGGCAAUUCAGAGGAAUUUUGGGGUAAUCAUUCCCGUCCCUGAGCUGUUCCGCCUUCGGACGCUAUCUAGGAUAUCGGCCCGAGUAGCGCCGGCAGCGACCCUGGCAGACUCAAAAUACAGCAGCGAAGAGGCGUCGACGGUGGUGCGGAAGCCAUCGCCCAAAGUAGACUGGGCUGCCGAGGUAGCGUCGCUUCUUGACGGAAUCUCACCACCACCAGCGCCAUCACCCCAGCUGAAUGGCAUCACACCAUUACCGCCGGCAAGAAAUGCGCGGGUGGACGCCAAUGGCAUCAGAGUCGCCUUGACCGGCGCGACAGGCUUCCUGGGCAGGCACAUCCUGCAAGCCCUUGCGACAGACCCGCGCGUGAGUGAGAUCCACUGCCUCGCGGUUCGGAACAGCCAUCGCUUUGUGGCGACGGCCGGAGACCGAGACAAUAACGCCACCAAGAUUGUCCCACACGCCGGCGACCUCGCCCUGCCGUUACUCGGCCUCUCCGCCCAAGCCUUCGCCCAUCUGGCCGCCACCGUCGACGUGGUCAUCCACAACGGCGCCGCCGUGUCCUUCCUGCAGCCCUACGAGGCGCUACGGGGCCCGAAUGUCAUGGGCACGCGGACCAUCGUGGAGCUAGCGCUGGUAAGGAGGGUUCCGGUCCAUUUUGUUAGCAGUGCCGGCGUGGCCUGUGUUUUACUGUCUCAGGUUGAGGGACCGGGGUUGGGAGGGGUGCCCGUGCCAACGCUCCCGCCGUCGUCGGUCGCAGGGCGACUCCCUCCGGUGCGAGAGGACGGGGAGCAAGUCCUUGACGGUUACGCGCUUUCCAAGUGGGCCGGCGAGGCCCUGCUGGAGAGGGCGGCAAAGGAACAUGGCCUGCCCGUUUGUGUGCACCGUCCGGCCAGCAUUGUCGGCGGCGGCGCGCCGGAGCUAGACGUCAUCGGCUCCGUGCUCAGAUACUCACGCCUGUUGGGGGCUGUACCGGCCUUGGCCUCGCCGGGGGAGAACGGGCAAGACGGACUGCUCGUGCAGGGCGCGUUUGACUUUGUGCUUGUCGAACGAGUGGCUGCGGACCUGGUGCAGGCUGCGCUGGCGUCGGCGGUUUCUGGGUCGUCGUCGUCAGGGUCGGUUCCUGCUGGUGCUGGUACUGCGGCGUCUCCGGUCAGGUUCGUGCAUCACUGUGGCAAGGACAAGAUUUCGCCUGGUGGAUUGCAGGCGUACAUGGAGGAGAAUGACGCGCGGCCGUUUGCGAAGAUGGCGCUUGGUGAUUGGCUUCAUGCCGCCAAGGCAAAAGGUCUUCCUCCAUUGCUCUAUCAGUACAUGACGGAGUCUGUAAGGGAAGGGAGGAUGCUGUAUUUGCCUGUGAUUAGUAGCGAGUAGGAUGGGGGAAGGUGAUAGUAUCUAUCCGGCCCGGCUUGGCUUGUUCUUUUCGUUUUCUUGUGUGUGGUUCUCACUCUUUUACCCUGCUCAUGAUCCUGUCCCAAAGCGUU